AGGUCGGCGCGCGCAGCCUCCGACCCUUUUUUCUUGGCGCACCGGAAAGAGGCGGUCCUCUUUCUUUGCCUAGCGCAGCCAUGGCUCGUGGUCCCAAGAAGCAUCUGAAGCGUGUAGCAGCUCCAAAGCAUUGGAUGCUGGAUAAACUGACUGGUGUGUUUGCUCCUCGGCCAUCUACCGGUCCCCACAAGCUGAGAGAAUGUCUCCCUCUCAUCAUUUUCUUAAGGAACAGACUUAAGUAUGCUCUAACAGGAGAUGAAGUAAAGAAGAUAUGCAUGCAGCGGUUUAUUAAGAUUGAUGGCAAGGUCCGAACCGAUAUAACCUACCCUGCUGGUUUUAUGGAUGUCAUCAGCAUUGACAAGACUGGAGAGAACUUCCGCCUGAUCUAUGACACUAAGGGCCGCUUUGCAGUUCAUCGUAUUACUCCUGAGGAGGCCAAGUACAAGUUGUGCAAAGUAAGGAAGAUCUUUGUGGGCACAAAAGGAAUCCCUCAUCUGGGCCAUGAUGCUCGCACCAUCCGCUACCCUGAUCCCCUCAUCAAGGUGAACGACACCAUUCAGACUGAUUUGGAGACAGGCAAAAUUACUGAUUUCAUCAAGUUUGACACUGGUAACUUGUGCAUGGUGACCGGUGGUGCUAACCUGGGAAGAAUUGGCGUAAUCACCAACAGGGAGAGGCAUCCUGGUUCUUUUGACGUAGUUCAUGUGAAAGAUGCCAAUGGCAACAGUUUUGCCACCCGGCUCUCCAACAUUUUUGUAAUUGGCAAAGGCAACAAACCAUGGAUUUCCUUACCCCGUGGAAAGGGUAUCCGCCUCACCAUUGCUGAAGAGAGAGACAAGAGACUGGCGGCCAAACAGAGCAGUGGCUGAAAUGAGCUCUAGGUGACAUGAUUGGAAAAGUCUUUGUACUUAAUUAAAGAUAAUACAGCAUGA